AUGAGCCAGCUUCUUGACUUCCGAAGCGCCGUAGCCCAGGUGCAGGCAGGGGGCGACGUCCUCCUCCUCUCCCAAGCCCUUCUCAAGCAACUCAACCAAGAGGAAAAGUUAGCACUCUUGCACGGAGACCCGUCCUUUUGGAAAGGCAUGGCAGAGCUCUUCACCAACUGCUACGCCACCAAACCCUACCUGCAUAGCCAGGUCAAGCGCCUAGGGAUCCCUGGGAUCAGUUACUGCGACGGCCCUCGCGGCGUCAACAUCAACAAGGCCACCGUCUUCCCUUGUUCAACGGCUCGCGGGGCGACUUGGGACCCUCGACUUGAGGAAAGGGUUGGCCAGGCGAUCGGUCUUGAAGCUCGAGUCUCGGGCGCCAACUGCGUUGGUAGUAUCUGCAUCAACCUGCCACGUCAUCCUGCCUGGGGACGUGUCCAGGAGACGUACGGCGAAGACCCUCUCCUGCUGGGGGACUUUGGGGUUGCACACGUGCUCGGGCUCCAGAGAAACGUCAUGGCCUGCGUCAAGCACUUUGCACUCAACUCGAUCGAAAAGUCUCGUUUCCGCGUCAAUGUCAGUGUCGAUGACGCUGCCCUUCACGAGGUCUUCUUGCCACAUUUCAAGCGCUGCGCGGAUGCCGGUGCUCUCUCCUUCAUGACCGCCUACAACUCUGUCAACGGUGAAUGGGCAGGAGAGUCGCUCCAGCUGAUUCGCGAUACCCUGAGGACUCGGUGGAAAUAUGACGGCAUCACCAUCACGGACUGGGUGUUUGGGGUGCGUGAUGGGGUUAAGUCGGUCAAGGCAGGUCUGGACAUUGAGGCACCAUUCCAGAAUCGAAGGCUCGGUUCUCUCGAGACGGCCCUGAACUCGGGAGAGCUGAGCUGGUCAGAAGUUGACAUCAUCGCUGCUCGCGUCAUACGAAACCAGCUCCGGUUCUACGCCCUACGUCAGACAGAGGAGCCAACAGAUGAUGUUGUCUUCAGCAAACAACAUCGAGAUCUUGCCAGGGAGGUGGCAACAAGGUCGAUCGUGCUACUCAAGAAUGACAAGGUCAAAGGCAAACGUUUACUUCCACUGCCAUCGGACCUAGCCAGCUGUGCCAUAAUCGGACGUCACGCUAACUCAAUUCUGACCGGAGACCGGGCGUCUUCCUGGGUUGACUGCCCCGAGGCCGUGACGCCGUAUCAAGGAAUCAAGGAGCGGUUUCCUAACACAGCCAUCCAUCUCUCAGCCUCUGAUUCUGAAAAAGACGCCAUUGCUGUAGCCAAGAGAUCUAAUGUGGCCAUUCUCAUCGUGGGUUAUGACGGCAACGACGAGGGCGAGUUCCUCAAGCCCUCUCAACAGGACGACGCUGGAGCCUUUGCCUUGUUUCCAGAACCUGAUAACUCCCCAGAGGCCAAGGCCGUCCAAGACAUCAGGGCCAAGGCUCAGACCGCUGCAGAGUCGUUCAAUGCCUCAAGUGCGAGUCGGCCCGAAGACGAUUUUGUCACACGUCCACCUGGCGGCGAUAGAACAAGCGUCCGACUGAGGCCACAAGACGUCCGACUUAUACGUGCUGUAACAGCAGUGAACCCGAGAACAGUGGUGUCUAUCAUCACGGCUGGGGCCGUUAUCACAGAUGAGUGGAACGAACUCGUCCCGUCUCUUCUGAUUAGCUGGUACAACGGUUGUCAGGGCGGGAAUGCUUUGGGUGACAUCCUAGCCGGGUCGUCGAAUCCAAGCGGCCGGCUUCCCUGGAGCAUGCCCCGUACAGAAGCUCAUCUUCCCCCAUUUGACCAGGACGCUAACGAGGUCACCUACGACAAGUGGUUUGGCCAGCGGAUGCUCGACAAGAUGGGAGUCCAGGCCCGGUAUCCUCUCGGCUACGGGCUCGCAUACACCCAAUUCGAGAUUGAGGCGGUUGAAUUGGACAUGGAUCGAGCAGAGGACAAAAGGAUCCAAGCCAGAGUGAGAAACAUGGGUGAUCGAGGUGGAUGGUGCGUGGUGCAAGUUUACGCUUGCCCUGACUUUGGGCCUGGGCCGCACGACUUUCCCAACAGACUAUUGGUAGGGUUCAAGGCAGACAAGGUCCUAGCUGGGGCGGAUAGGGUGUUCAACGUUCCAGUGUCGUUGGAUCCUUUGCGCCGCUGGAGGAAUGAUGGAUUCGUGCUGGAUGCGAGGUCCAUCACCCUCCAAGUUGGGCAGCAUGCGGGCGAUAGGAGAAGUAUCCUGAGGGUGCUGAAGCUGUCCAACGACUUCUGUUCUCAGCUAUGA